AUGGCACCGCACCACGAGCCCUUCAAAGGCCUCGCGCCUAUCAAGUGGGAAUCUGUCGCCGAGGAGGACCUAAAAGAGUUCAUGACCGACGUCUUCACAAACGCUCAAACAGUCAUUGAUUCCAUUCCCGUCCCCGCCGCCGUGAAGCAGGUCACGGCUUCUCACGGCCGCUCCCGCUCCCACACCGAUCCCCCGAUACUUGUCACCGACAUCAACCGUUCCCUUUCCCAGCGCCAAACGGGCGCUGCCCUGAGGCUGUCACAAGAUCUGUCUAAAGAGUGGAAAGAGGUCAAGGUCAAUGCAAAGGAUAACCCGCUAGCAAUCAACGUAUAUAAGCUUGCCGCCAAGGACGGCAAGGGUAGCUGGUUCGCCCGGCGCAGCAUUCACGAUGGAUUGACUUUUGAGAAGUGGAAGCUAGGUCUCGAGAGAGAAUUUGCCGAGUCCAUGAAAGUGCAGAGCGGGCCCGGCGCCGGCGCCAUCCGCGGCAUUGGAGCAGAGAAGCGGGCAGCGCACGAGGUCGUGGAAGGCGCUGGGAAAAUGGAAGUAUUUCAGUUAUCGGCGCAAUUCCCAGGCCCGACGGCUCCGAGGGACUUUGUGACGUUACUGUUGAGUUCCGACUUUUCCGGCGGCGCCCCGCAAGAGGGUGCCAGGCGGCCGCUCCGGACGUAUAUGAUUGUCUCGAAACCAUGCAUUCAUCCCGAUUGCCCCGAGCGGCCAGGCUUCAUUCGAGGUCAAUACGAGUCGGUCGAAAUCAUUCGCGAGAUUCCAUCUGAUAAGCCGGCUGCGAUCACGCGAGCGCGAUCGUCGAUUGACCUCAGCCAAGAGGGCGUUAAAGAACGACAGGCCGUGGCUGAGUCCAUGGGCAAGGAGGCCGUGCUUCGGGCAGCGAAGAAGGUGGCUGAUGCGGACGGCCGCCAUCGGGGUGCAUCUGUUGAUAGUGCACCAGCCAGAGACGACGCCGGGCACACUGGUGAAGGCAUUGAAGAAGACGCGACAACGUCGAUUGAGUGGCUCAUGGUCACUCGCAGUGAUCCCGGUGGCAACGUGCCCCGAUUCCUGAUUGAUCGAGGCACGCCGGCCGGCAUCAUUGGGGAUGCGGGCAAGUUCCUCAAGUGGAUGACGGUGAAGUCUGCAGACGACUUUUCCACAUCAGAUUCCGAACAGGAGGAGACGAAACAAGGCGCUAAGCAGGCCGAGAGUGAAAAGGUUGCUUCUCCUAUGGAGGUGGCCAAACAACCGACAUCGAACCUCUUGCCCGAAGAAUCAGCACAGGUGCGGGAUGAUUCUGUCCCGAGCAGCAACGGCCUGUACGGCAUCAUAUCCGGUGCUUUCGGAAUGGCCAGCUCAGUCGUGGCGAGUCGCCUCCCGGAGGGCUACAUUUUGCCCGGGAUAUUCACAGCACCGAGCACCAACGGCUCAAUAGCGGAGGAGGAAGAAGAAGAUGAGUCGGCUGAAAGCGAUACGUCGUCCAUCCGAAGCUUCGCUUCAGCUGUUGAGAAGACGGACGAAGGCGAGCCAGUCACGCCACCAGAGGUUACGCAGCCCGACAGCAUGUCGCUACACUCGUCCGGUUCCGGUGGCGGCGCGUCCGUCCAAGGUGCGAAGACAUCUUCGCAACACGAGAGAGAGCUCAGGAAACUUCAAGAGCGGCGCCAAAAGAUGCAAGAAAAGAUCAACAAGAUGCAGGAGCGCAUGUCCAGUAAGCGUGAUCAAGACUCGCAGAAAGAGGCUACAAACCUGGCGAAAUUACGUGAGAAGCAUGAGAAGGAAAUGGCCAAGCAAGAGGAAAAGUACAAGCGCGAUAUGCAACGUCUCGAACAGCGCCGCGAGCAGGAGCAACGCAAGGCCGAAGAGAAGCGGCGGAAACAGGCGGAGAAGGAAGAGAAGGGAAACUUGGCCUUGGAGCUCGAGCACGUCAAGGCCGAGCGGGACGUUGCGCUCAAGGAGAUUGACGUUCUCAAGGAGCAGGUAGGCCAGCUGCAGAGCCAGAAUACCAUGCUGGUAGUCAAGCUGGGAAAGAUGGGUGGAAUGGGCGGGAUGAAAAGGCAGGACUCGUCGUUGAGUGUGCCGGGCGAAAAGGUGGUUCAGACGGUGUCCAACUAA